ACAGGAACGACCUGGCUCAAGGCCCUAGUUUGGUGUAUCCUGAACUGCAGUACCCACAAGAAAGAUGGCAACGGCUAUGUCAUCAAUGAUGAUGGUGAUGGUGAUGGUGACGAGGAUGAACCUUUGAUAACAAACUCUCCUCAUGCCCUUGUUCAGAGCUUUGAGACCCAGAUCUACAAGGACAAUCCCACCCCAGAUCUCUCAGGUAUCCCCUCCCCCUCUCCCAGACUUUUCCAUACUCACAUGCCUUAUAAAUCACUACCACCAUGCAUCAAAAACUCUGCCUCCUGUAAGAUUGUUUAUGUGACUGGGAACCCCAGAGACACAUUCAUCUCGCUUUGGUAUUUUCUUAAUGAGAUUCAUAAGACUUGUGAAGAACAAGGUUCACAUCCAAUGGAGGAAUUAUUCGACGACUUCUGCGAUGGGGUUUAUCCUAUGGGCCCCUUCUUUGACAACGUUGUAGGCUACUGGGAAGAGAGCCUAAGACAGCCUGAAAAGAUAUUGUUCCUCAGGUACGAUCGAGGACAUGAGAGGUGAUCAAGGCAACAGGUGAUGAAGAUAGCUUCCUUUCUUGGGAGGCCUCUUCUCAACGAACAAGAGGCCGACAAGGUGGUGCAGAAAUGCAGCUUGGAGAGGCUUAAAAAUCUGGAGGUGAACAAAAAUGACAGGGAUUUUUGGAGUGGAAUCGGCAACAGUGUGUUUUUCAGGUCUGGGAAUGUUGGAGACUGGAAGACACACUUGACACCAGAGAUGACUGAGCGACUCGACCAGAUUUCUCGCUUCAAGCUACAGGGUUCUGGUUUGCAUCUCUAGCUAGCUUCUUCUAAAUGCAAUUCCGACCGACCUAUCGACCAACAGAUGCGUCUACAGAUCAAACCUCUUGCUCUGAUCACCCAUCAAAUAAGCUCACACCAGUUGCUUAGUUGUUGUUUACUGUUAAACUUUUCAUCUUUAAUUUAUGAGAGAUGAAGUAGCUACUUGAUGAAAUCAUUGGUACCCACAGCUAUAUAUUGUUGGGGAACCUCGUUAGUAGUCAUAAAAGGAAAGAUUGAUGCUCUCA